AUGACUGACGCCUAUUUGAAGGAUGAAAUACUUUCGAAAUAUGGAGUCCAAAUCAAGGAUGUGGCUAAUUAUGUAGUUCUUGCUUAUAACGGAGAAGGGGAGUCGAAAACACUGCGCUGGAACAGUGUCGCUUGCAUCUUAGCGGUCUCAUCAUUGCUAAGUUUUCAGUACAUGGUUAUGCUGAUUAGUGGGAUAUUGGUCUACCGGAAGAUUCAAAGGAAAUCAAGAUGCUCGGAGUCCAGUACACACGAAAUGUUGCAGAAACAGGUUUUUGUGGAGCUGGUUUAUCAGGUCGCCGCCCCCACCAUCUUCAUCCAACUCCCCUCUUUCAUCAUCCUCACCAUUCCAUUCCUUGACCUCAAGUUCAGUUUUCGUGGCUCCAUCAUAAUCUACGGAUAUUGCACAUACCCAUUUGUCGAUUUUCUGAUUAUUCUCAAAGUGAUCACAGAAUACCGGAAUGUGUAUAAACGAUUCCUGAAAAAGUUGCCCUAA